AGUACUUUUAGUGUAAUAAAAAAGUUUAUCGGCACCAACCAGCCAUAAUAAAUUCAUAGUGAGAGAAAAGUGGCGGAACAACAGACCAAUUAAACAUUGUCUCUCUCUCUCUCUCUCUCUGUCUAUCUCUCUUUCUUCUGUUAUCUAUUCUUUGUGUAUUGCAUCAUCACACGCAGGCACUGAAAAAGAUCGAUGGCAAGAAAAAAAACAGGCGAAAAAUAAAAUUAAAAAAAAAAACAUAAAAAGAAAUUUAUCUGUCGGUGUUGGAAAAAAAAAGGAAGAAAGAAAACGGGUCUGGUAAUGAAAAUCAGAUCGGACCCACUUCUCCAUCUCCCUCGAAAACCCUUUUUCUCCAGAGAUUUAGAGACUUGAGUAAAAUUCUCACAAUGGGUGCUUGUGUGUCGUCGGAAGCUGUAUCGAGGAAGCCGUUAAAAAGGAUUAAAAUAAGUGGGAAGCGACGCGGCGGCUUCUCCAAGAAGCGCCACCUGGCGACAGUCUCGGAUGGGAACAUAAUAAGGAUUAGUGACGGCGGAGCUCGAGUUUCGGAUUUUACAGUUAGCGAGUUCGUUCAGUCUAGUACCACUUGCAGAAAAACCGAGGUUUCGAAUUCAACGUUUCAUGUCACGCAGUUGCAGUGGCACCAUAACCAAGUCGAUGCUAACGGAAUUUGCCAAGAAGAAGCAUGGUUCGACACACUCAGCAUACUCGAUUCUGAUUCCGAUGACGAUUUUAGUAGUGUUCAUGGAGGUAAUAAGAGCGACGAGUCUUGUAACAAGAGGAAGAAAAACCUCGACCGGGCCCACGUGAGUUUUAAUGGAGUGAAAGACGACAAAAACGAUCACGAAGAAAAAGUCCCGCGCAAUUUAUUAAAGACCGUUUUACCCCGACUGGUUCCUUCCGUUAGUUUUAAUGACAAGAUCAACAAUGGUGGCCCGCAACCUCAAAGAAAGAAGUCGGCUGUUAUUCGUCUCUCGUUCAAGAGGAAAUCCAUCGAUGGUGAAGAAACAAAUGAAAUUAGUACAUCGAAAAAGUAUCUUUAUCGACCACGAGCUGGAUUAAUGAUUCCGUGUUGUACCGACGAGAAGAUAACUCCCGGGACUUGGUCUGAAAUCGAGCCCUCGACUUUUAAGCUACGUGGAGACAACUUCUUUAAAGAUAAAAAGAAAUCCCCUGCACCAAAUGUAUCUCCGUACGUUCCGUUCGGCGUAGAUGUAUUUGCAUCCCAAAGAAAGAUUAGCCACAUUGCACAGCAUCUCGACCUACCUUCUAUAAAAGCAAACGGCGAAUUGCCAUCGCUGCUAAUUGUUAAUAUUCAGCUGCCCACAUAUCCAGCGCCCAUGUUUCUUGGCGAUGGUGAUGGAGAGGGUUUGAGCCUCGUAAUUUAUUUCAGACUUUCCGAGAGUUUCGAGAAAGACGUAUCUUCCCAGUUUAAGGACAGUAUUAAGAGACUGAUCGAGGAUGAUAUGGAAAAGAUUAAAGGGUUUGCUAAAGAUUCAAUUGUCCCGUUUAGAUGGGAAGUUCUUUGGCGAACUCCCUUUUGGAGUUCAAAAUUUUGCCAUUCCGCCGGUGUCCAAGCAACCUACUACCGCCCCCAGCACGAGUUUUAUCAGGGGCCAAAUUACUUCGAGAUCGACCUCGAUAUUCACCGCUUCAGCUACAUAGCAAGAAAGGGACUCGAAGCAUUUCGAGAGCGUUUGGGAACCGGAAUACUCGAUCUUGGAUUAACAAUCCAGGCACAGAAACCAGAAGAACUACCAGAGAAGCUACUCUGCUGUGUGAGAUUGAACAAGAUUGAUUUUGUUAACCAUGGUCAAAUACCGACUAUUGUUAGGCUUGACGAAGAAUGAUUUGCCGUUGUCUAGGGUGGGGCCCACGAAAUGUGACGCUGUUUAUGAAGUAGGAGAUUCAGUAAAAUUUAUAUAUGUUGGUGAAUAACAACUUGAUCACCAUUGAUUUAAUAUUAACAAUAUAUAUAUAUAUAUGCCCUCUGAUCUGUAUGUAUUAUAAAGAUGUAUGUAGUAGCUUUCUCAAACUUUUGUGGGAAUGUAAAUUUGUUUUAACUGAUUCUUAAUGUUUGCUGUAAUGAGAUUUCGUAAUAAGAAGUUGCUAUGUUGAGAUUUA